AUGGUGUCUAGCGUAACACGGCAAUGGAUUUCGAUACCCAGUGAAUUGAUUGGUUCAAUUCCACGUACAAGUGAAUUACUUGAAGCUCGUAUUCGAUAUGAAAGCGAUCUAAUAACCAUUGAAGAUUUACAUAAAAUAGAAAAAAAAGCAGUGGAGCAAACAGUCAUCGAAUUAGAUCAACUGACCGGAUCGAUGGUCUUGACUGACGGUGAACAAACGAAACCUUCAUUUCUGACCUAUCCAAUUUAUGAUCUCGUUUUUGAACGAUAUACAUUUGAUGAACAAUGUUUUCAAAUUAAAUUUACCGACGGUCAUGUACGAACCCUGCCGCGUCUUAUCAAAGCACCUUUCAAAUAUGCCACCUAUGCCUACAAAUAUUUGGAAGUGGCUAAACGGUUGACCAACAAACCAGUCAAACAAGCUGUUAUUACGGCAUCAGCACUGUCCAUGGUCUAUGCACCGCAUCUACUAAAUAGUGGUCAUAUUGACAAUUAUUCACACGAAGAAUUCCUCAAGGAUUUAACGGAUGAAUGUGAAAGAGAUAUUCGACUUUGUCUCGAAUAUGGAGCACAUGUUGUUCAACUUGAUUUUACAGAAGCUCGCCUGUCACUAAAAGUUGAUCCGAGUGGUCGAUUACUCAAAGAUUUUAUUGCAAUCAAUAAUCGAGUUUUAGAUAGAUUCAAUGCGAAUGAGCAGAAGAAAAUUGGCGUACAUGUUUGUCCCGGUGGCGAUUUAGACUGUUGUCAUUCAUCUGAUAUUGAUUAUACUCUCAUGUUGCCCGAUUUAUUUCAAUUAAACUUAACCAAUUUUUAUCUUCAACUAUCGUCUGAAAAAAAUCGUAUCAAAGUAUUGAAAUGUAUUCAGAAGCAUAUGAAACCGAAUCAUCGUAUUUUCGUCGGUGUUAUCGAUCCCAUUAAUCCGACAAUCGAAUCAGCCGAAAUGAUCCGAGAUCAAAUAUUAGAAGCAGCACAAUUUAUUCCCGUUGAACAACUUGGCACGACUGAUGAUUGUGGCUUCAGCCCAUUUGCCGAUGAUAUAUCCACAUCAAAGGAACUGUGUUAUGAAAAAAUCAAAGCAAGAAUUCAAGGAACUAAGAUGGCUGAACAAAUCUUAAAUACACAAUGA